AUGGAGAUAGCAACUGAGGCUUUAAUAAAAUUUAUAAAAUUAUUCUUGACAGAAAUUAGUGAAAGUGAUUUUAGAGGCUUUCCAGAUUCGAUAUACUUAACAAGAAAAGAACUUGAAUUAAAAGAUCAUUUUCAUAGUUUCGUUUCUUGUUCUCCAAAUAUUCAAUAUCAUUUUAAUGUUAAAGAGACAUGUAAUGUUAAACUAUGA